AUGGAUAAAAAGCUUGAAAACAACUAUUUUGCCAUGCCAGAGCACAUGGGGACUCACAUAGACGCACCAGCCCACUUUUCAAAGGACGGCUGGAGGACCCAUCAAAUUCCUAUAGAAAAAUUGCAUGGACCAGGAGUCAUUAUAAAUGUCAAAUCCAAAGUUGUGAACGAUCCGGAUUACAGAGUUUCUGUAGAUAACGUAUUGACAUGGGAGGAAAAACACGGAGAGAUUCCGCGACACGCUGUGGUUUUGAUGAACUCUGGUUGGUCUCUGCACAAAUAUCCAAACAAAACCCUUAUCUUCGCAACCCCUCAUCAUGAGGAUGCUUCUGAAUUUCAUUUCCCUAGCUGGCAUGAGGAAACCGUCACGUGGUUGAUAGCUAAACGACAGGUCAUAGCCGUUGGAGCGGACAGUCCCUCAACGGAUUAUGGACAAACCAAGACAUUUCCCUGUCACGUUAUCCUGGGGAAAAAUAACCUCGUAGGAAUAGAGAACGCAACGAACCUCGACAGCAUUCCGGAAAAUGGCAGCAUCGUCUAUAUACCCGUUAUUAAGAAUUUUGGCGGAAGCGGUGGACCAACUCGACUUUUAAGUACAUACGACGACGAACCGAACAAAAGAAAUGCCGCCAUGCGUGUUAUUAGUACUGCAAUCUACAUCUACCUCUUGCAAAUGAUUACAAUUUUCGCUUAUCAAUUUUGA